CAGAAAUAGAUGCACAGAUUGUGUCAAUCUGCGUGAGGACCCAAGCAUCAGCAGACAUGGGGGAUGAUCUGAAAAAAGAGAAAGGUACAUUAGACUGGGAUUCAGGGACAGACCCUGCUCCACUGCAUGGGCUGGGAUGGUGCAUGUGGUGGGAUGGUGCACGGAAAGUACAUUCGGUGGGAUAGUGCAUGGUGAGGCAUAGUGUAUGGGGUGUGAUAGUGCACAGAUAGUGUAUGGGGUAAGAUAGUGGAUGAGAUGGUGUAUGGAGUGGGAUAGUGUAUUAUGUGGGAUAGUUUAUUGAGUGGGAUGGUGUAUGAGGUGGGAUAGCGUAUUUGGUGGGAUGGUGUAUGAGGUGGGAUAGUGUAUUGGGUGGGAUGGUGUAUGAGGUGGGAUAGCGUAUGGGGUGGAAUAGUGUAUUGGGUGGGAUGGUGUAUGAGGUGGGAUAGUGUAUUAUGUUGGAUAGUGUAUGGGGUGGGAUGGUGGGAUAGUGUAUGGGGUGGGAUGGUGGGAUAGUGUAUGGGGUGGGAUGGCGUAUGGGGUGGGAUGUUGGUAUUUGUCUUUAUGUGUCAAUAUUUUUGGGAAAAGGUCUAUGCUAUAUUUCAGGACAAAUCCUUGGUAUAAAGUAUGUUUAUUAUUUAGCAAUGUGAUCCUGUUUGGAGAACGUCUUACGUCUGUGAUAAAGCUUUAUUUUGUGCUGUCUGGAUGUCAUUUAUUGAUAAUAUUAAUUUACUAAUGUACACUGACAGCCGGAUAACUCUCUCUGUACACUGACAGCCGGAUACCUCUCUGUACACUGACAGCCGGAUAACUCUCUCUGUACACUGACAGCGGGAUAACUCUCUCAGGGCUUAGUGAAUCCCUCCUGUACACUGACAGCGGGAUAACUCUCUCAGGGCUUAGUGAAUCCCUCCUGUACACUGACAGUGGGAUAACUCUCUCAAACCUUUCUGAUACGUUGUCAUUGCUGACUGAUCAUUCUACUCUCUGUACUCUCACACUCUUGGACCCACCUAUCAAUCCCCUCAGCCAUCCAUCCACCCAGCCAUCCAUUCAUCCAUGCACUCAGCCAUUCAUCCAGUCAUCCAUCCAUCCACCCAGACAUCCAUCCAUCCAUCCAUCCACCCAGACAUCCAUCCAUCCAUCCACCCAGACAUCCAUCCAUCCAUCCAUCCACCCAGACAUCCAUUAACGCUUCCAUCCGUCUGUCUAACUAUCUAAUUCAGUAAAACAUGUGGUAGACAACUGAUCUAUUUUCCCAUAACGUGUUAGAAUUUAGAAGUUGAAAUUACAUCAAUUAGGAAAUAAAUAAUUUGACUAGAUUUUCAUGAUUCCCUGAAUGAAUCCUGUGGAGUUUAUUCACCAACCUUUAACCUGCGGUGAACUGAAAACUGAAUGGCACAUUUUAGUGAAGCAUUGAUGAUUUCCAAUAUUCCGGUAUUGUCCUAACUUGGCUAUUUUAGCCCAAUUAUUAUAAGUUGGUUUUAAUUCACUCCAAUUCGGUGAAUAAACUGCGCUGAUUUUAACUGCUCGCACACACUCCUCUGAAAUAUUAAAUUAGUUCUGAAAUCGACGGAAAUCACUCCAUUCACAGGGAAAUCCUUGCAGAGAUGGUCCAUGACGUACGAGAGAAAAUCAUCACAAAACGGAUUUCUCUUUCUAAAAUCAUGUCAGACCUCCUCUGCUAUUCAGCCUUUAUCGUCCCUUUAACAUAUUACAGAGACUGACCCUGGCACUAAGAUUUCACGAUUUUUAUACCGUUUUUCUAGAUGUAGCAGCUUUCGAACUGUUGGUAUAUUGCAGUUGCCAGAAUACUUUGAGCCCUGGCUAUUGGCUGAGUGAGGAUAGUGGGAAUUGUAGUGUAAGAGCAGAGAAUUUAAAGAAAAACGUGAUGACACUUUGAACUAAAACUGUAAAACAGAACUUGUUUAUUUCUAAAUGUUCUCAGUCAUCGUCAGAUAGCGAUAAACCCAAAUAUCGAGGGCAAACUUUGCAGUGAUCCGUUUCCAAGCUGCUAAUUCUACAGGUCACAAAUACGUGACCCCCUGGCGCUCACAGAGGAGCCUUUGUUAUACAGACAUCUUUCAAAAUCCUAUGAUCGCCUGCAGCUAAAUGUGGAGAGGGAUAAUGCAUUAUGUACAAAGACCAACUCUGGGGCAAACCUUCUAAACAUGGAGAGGUCACCAUGGAAACCAGUGAAUGUCUGCUAAUUACUCCACUUUGUGAUUAGUUUGCCGCAGAAUUGCUGUUUAUGCAGAGCGUGCAUUGCAGCGCUGAGAGUGACUCUUUAGACUUGCUCGUUGAGUGCAAUGUGCACUCAGAUCAUUCAGCCCAGGGGCCGAGCUCUUUAACUGCACCCUGCACAUGUGUAUCCCUGGGUGGGGCACAGCAGAACCUGCCAUCUGCCAUCCUUUUGGGCAUCACAAUAGAAGUGGCAUUACCAUCACAUCCCCAUCGGCCUUUUUGCACCCUUUGCAACUUUGUGGUUCUAAAUAUUGUAAUAUACAAAUGAGAUCAUUUUAAAAUGGAAGAAUGCACCACAGCUGCUUCAGAGGGUCACAGUAGCCACUAGCCAUUUAAUAAAGCUCCUGGUUUGAGAUAUAGGCUGGACCCCUGAGGAAGCCCAGGUAGAUGGGGGUCCAAAGUCAGCCAGGAGCCCCUGAUUUAGAAGUUGUGGCAGUAAUAAGAGUGGAAGCUGCAGGUCCAGGACACAGGAACGGCGGCCAGAAGGAAAACAUGAGAGAUUUUCUUCCCUGCAGAGCUGAGAGUGAUAGGAAUAGAGUCCAGUGAACUCUAAAUACUCAGUAAAGCACGUUUCAUGUUGCUGCAAAUAUAGACAGAGACACACAGUGUACAGACAGUGACAUACAUUGUAUAGACAGCGACACACAGUGUAUAGUCAGCUACACAGUGUACAGACAGUGACACAUAGUGUAUAGUUAGCGACACACAGUGUAAAGUCAGCAACACACAGUGUAUAGUUAUUGACACACAGUGUACAAACAGUGACACACAGUGUAUAGUCAGCGACACAUAGAAAAUAGACAGCGACACAGAGCAUAGUCUGGACAGGCAACAGAAUGAAACAGAACGUCAUCCCCAGCUAACCCACCCCAUCACAGUGUAUAGUCAGCGACACACAGUGUAUAGUUAGCGACACACAGUGUACAGACAGUAAUACAUAGUGUACAGACGGCGACACACAGUGUAGAGACAGUGACACACAGUGUAUAGUCAGCGACACACAGUGUACAGACAGCGACACACAGUGUAUAGUUAGCGACACACAGUGUACAGACAGCGACACACAGUGUAUAGUUAGCGACACACAGUGUAAAGUCAGCAACACACAGUGUACAGACAGCGACACACAGUGUAUAGUUAGCGACACACAGUGUAUAGUCAGCGACACACAGUGUACAGACAGCGACACACAGUGUAUAGUUAGCGACACACAGUGUAUAGUUAGCGACACACAGUGUACAGACAGCGACACACAGUGUAUAGUUAUUGACACACAGUGUACAAACAGUGACACACAGUGUAUAGUCAGCGACACAUAGAAAAUAGACAGCGACACAGAGCAUAGUCUGGACAGGCAACAGAAUGAAACAGAACGUCAUCCCCAGCUAACCCACCCCAUCACUGUCAGCCUAGCAUUGAGCUGCCCAGAUUUGCAUUGGUAGAUGCUGAGGUGUAGAGGGGGGCAAUAGGUGCUGUGGGGGCCCCAAAUUUUUUUAAACUGCUCCAAAACAGUUUGACAGAAAUAGGAGCCCAAUGACUUUUAGCACCAUAACCACUACAAAACAAUACAAUGAGCGGUAUCAAUACAAUGAGCUGUAAUAAUACAAUGAGCUGUAAUAAUACAAUGAGCAGUAUCAAUACAAUGAGCUGUAAUAAUACAAUGAGCAGUAUCAAUACAAUGAGCUACAGUAUUUACACUGCCCAGAGCAUCCCCCAACGAUAGAUAACAUUAUUGAUCUAAAGGUGGUAGACGCGUGUCCCACUAUCCCGGCUGGGGUGGUAAUAUCUAACACAUUGCAGGGAGGACGGCUAACAGUGUCUGGGAUGUAAAUCGAUCCUAGAAAUGUUAAAUUGCCAUCAGUCUGCCCCUGGGGCCGUCACUUCGAUUUGUCUGUGAGCAGACACAUUUUUCUGGGAUGUACAGGGUUAAUGUAUUUUGCGCCAGGAGCUAAGCUGCACCCCUGGGGGUGGGAGACGAAUUAUGCUUAACGAUGGCGAGAAAGGGAGAGUAUGAGGCAGACACUCACCGCAUGCCAGCACCCCAAACUUACCCCUGUCCCCCACUUUCCACAGGGAUCAAGAAAGGAUUCGCAAAGGUUUUUGGUUCCGAAUCAAGCCCUACCAAGAAAGUACCGGUAAGUUAGCCUCUUCACUCCUUGUAUGAGCUGAAUUAACCUCUUCACUCUCUACAUAGCCCGAACUAACCUCUUCACUCCUUGUAUGAGCUGAAUUAACCUCUUCACUCUCUACAUAGCCCGAAUUAACCUCUUCACUCCUUGUAUGAGCUGAAUUAACCUCUUCACUCUCUACAUAGCCCAAAUUAACCUCUUUACUCUCUACAUAGCCCGAAUUAACCUCUUUACUCCCUGUAUGAGCUGAAUUAACCUCUUCACUCUCUACAUAGCCCGAAUUAACCUCUUCACUCCUUGUAUGAGCUGAAUUAACCUCUUCACUCUCUACAUAGCCCGAAUUAACCUCUUCACUCCUUGUAUGAGCUGAAUUAACCUCUUCACUCUCUACAUAGCCCGAACUAACCUCUUCACUCCUUGUAUGAGCUGAAUUAACCUCUUCACUCUCUACAUAGCCCGAAUUAACCUCUUCACUCCUUGUAUGAGCUGAAUUAACCUCUUCACUCUCUACAUAGCCCGAAUUAACCUCUUCACUCCUUGUAUGAGCUGAAUUAACCUCUUCACUCUCUACAUAGCCCGAACUAACCUCUUUACUCCCUGUAUGAGCUGAAUUAACCUCUUCACUCUCUACAUAGCCCGAAUUAACCUCUUCACUCCUUGUAUGAGCUGAAUUAACCUCUUCACUCUCUACAUAGCCCGAAUUAACCUCUUCACUCCUUGUAUGAGAUGUAUUAACCUCUUCACUCUCUACAUUGCUGAAUUAACCUCUUCACUCUCUACAUAGCCCGAACUAACCUCUUCACUCCUUGUAUGAGCUGAAUUAACCUCUUCACUCUCUACAUGCCCGAAUUAACCUCUUCACUCCUUGUAUGAGCUGAAUUAACCUCUUCACUCUCUACAUAGCCCGAAUUAACCUCUUCACUCCUUGUAUGAGCUGAAUUAACCUCUUCACUCUCUACAUAGCCCGAACUAACCUCUUUACUCCCUGUAUGAGCUGAAUUAACCUCUUCACUCUCUACAUAGCCCGAAUUAACCUCUUCACUCCUUGUAUGAGCUGAAUUAACCUCUUCACUCUCUACAUAGCCCGAAUUAACCUCUUCACUCCUUGUAUGAGAUGUAUUAACCUCUUCACUCUCUACAUUGCCUGAAUUAACCUCUCCUCUCUCUACAUUGCCUGAAUUAACCUCUUAACUCCCUGUAUGAGCUGAAUUAACCUCUUCACUCUCUACAUAGCCCGAAUUAACCUCUUCACUCCUUGUAUGAGCUGAAUUAACCUCUUCACUCUCUACAUAGCCCGAAUUAACCUUUUCACUCCCUGUAUGAGCUGAAUUAACCUCUUCACUCUCUACAUAGCCCGAAUUAACCUCUUCACUCCUUGUAUGAGAUGUAUUAACCUCUUCACUCUCUACAUUGCCUGAAUUAACCUCUCCUCUCUCUACCCUGAAUUAACCUCUUAACUCCCUGUAUGAGCUGAAUUAACCUCUUCACUCUCUACAUAGCCCGAAUUAACCUCUUUAACACUCCCUGUAUGAGCUGAAUUAACCUCUUCACUCUCUACAUAGCCCGAAUUAACCUCUUCACUCCUUGUAUGAGAUGUAUUAACCUCUUCACUCUCUACAUUGCCUGAAUUAACCUCUCCUCUCUCUACAUUGCCUGAAUUAACCUCUUAACUCCCUGUAUGAGCUGAAUUAACCUCGUCACUCUCUACAUUGCCCGAAUUAACCUCUUAACACCCUGUAUGAGCUGAAUUAGCCUCUUCACUCCCUAUUUGGGCUGAAUUGACUUUUUCACUCCCUAUAUGGGAAGAGUUAUAAGAGUUAUCCUCUUCACUAUCUAUGUAGCCUUAAUUAGCUUCACUCCCUACAUAACCUGCAUUUACCUUUUCACUCAGUGAGAUGGGUUAACCUAUUCAUUCGCUAAGAGUUGAGUUAACCUCUUACCUCCCUACAUAGGCUAAGUUAAUAUAUCCACUUCCUCCGGGAGUUAACCUCUUCACACUCUAUAUGUCUAUGAGUUAAUCUUUACACUCCCUACAUAGUAACCUAUUCAUCUCUUUUUAAUGUAUUCAUUCCCUAAAGGGAGCAGUGAAUAUACCUCUCUAAAGCUGCUCACAAGGGGUUAAAUCAGAUCCAGAAUCCAUAGUAACAGUUCGUGAUCUGUCCCCACUGAGAGGAAUGCAUUAAUCCAUUAAUUCAACAUUAUUGCAGCAUAAUAUCACCAAUCGCUUACUGUCCUCAGCUCUGCUCUAUAAUACUGUGCCACGGGCCCCAAACUGCCUCAAGGGCCACACAAAGGGUCUCUCAUCAGUGGUGGAUCUAAAGAAGACUGGGCCCUGGUUUUUAAGCCCCCCAUCGCAAGGAUGGGCAAAUGGUAGAUUCCCAUCUGUAGUACAACUCACACAAUGCUUUGCCAGCUGGGGAUCUACCAUUUGCCCAUCCUCGCACUGAGCAGUUAUUUGUGUAUUAGAAUGUAAGCAUGUUUUUGUAUGGAGUAUGUGUGUGUUAAUGUAGUUGUGUAUUUCUGUGUAGUGUUGUGUGUUUUCUAUGUACUGUUGUAAAAGUUUAGUAAAAGAUACACAGAUGUUCAGAGUCACACACUGACACCCGUGCAAGUAAUCAGACACACACAAACACACACAUACAGAUAUACACACACAGUUACACAGACGCAUAAACACACACUGACACACACAUGCAGAUAAACAGACUAACACACAUACAGAUAUACACACACAGUUAAACAGACGCAUAGACACAGAUGCAUACCUAGCAACCCUUCUCCUGCUGUCUAAGGCAUUCUCAGUUUAGUUAAUAACCCUGAUAGCCUAACAGCAGCGCCCAUCCCUACCGACCCUUCUCCUGCUGUCUAAGGCAUUCUCAGUUUAGUUAGUAACCCUGAUGAUAGCCUAGCAGCAGCGCCCAUCCCUACCGACCCUUCUCCUGCUGUCUAAGGCACUCAGUUUAGUUAGUAACCCUGAUAAUAGCCUAGCAGCAGCGACCAUACCUACCGACCCUUCUCCUGCUGUCUAAGGCAUUCUCAGUUUAGUUAGUAACCCUGAUGAUAGCCUAACAGCAGCGCCCAUCCCUACCGACCCUUCUCCUGCUGUCUAAGACAUUCUCAGUUUAGUUAGUAACCCUGAUAAUAGCCUAGCAGCAGCGACCAUACCUACCGACCCUUCUCCUGCCGUCUAAGGCAUUCUCAGUUUAGUUAAUAACCCUGAUAGCCUAAAAGGAGCGCCCAUCCCUACCGACCCUUCUCCUGCCGUCUAAGGCAUUCUCAGUUUAGUUAAUAACCCUGAUAGCCUAACAGCAGCGCCCAUCCCUACCGACCCUUCUCCUGCCGUCUAAGGCAUUCUCAGUUUAGUUAAUAACCCUGAUAAUAGCCUAACAGCAGCGACCAUGCCUAUCGACCCAUCUCCUGCUGUCUAAGGCAUUCUCAGUUUAGUUAAUAACCCUGAUAAUAGCCUAGCAGCAGCGACCAUGCCUAUCGACCCUUCUCCUGCUGUCUAAGGCAUUCUCAGUUUAGUUAAUAACCCUGAUAAUAGCCUAGCAGCAGCGACCAUACCUAUCGACCCUUCUCCUGCCGUCUAAGGCAUUCUCAGUUUAGUUAAUAACCCUGAUAAUAGCCUAGCAGCAGCGACCAUGCCUAUCGACCCUUCUCCUGCUGUCUAAGGCAUUCUCAGUUUAGUUAAUAACCCUGAUAAAAGCCUAGCAGCAGCAACCAUACCUAUCGACCCUUCUCCUGCUGUCUAAGGCAUUCUCAGUUUAGUUAAUAACCCUGAUAAUAGCCUAGCAGCAGCGACCAUACCUAUCGACCCUUCUCCUGCUGUCUAAGGCAUUCUCAGUUUAGUUAGUAACCCUGAUAAUAGCCUAACAGCAGCGACCAUGCCUAUCGACCCAUCUCCUGCUGUCUAAGGCAUUCUCAGUUUAGUUAAUAACCCUGAUAAUAGCCUUGCAGCAGCGACCAUACCUAUAGACCCAUCUCCUGCUGUCUAAGGCAUUCUCAGUUUAGUUAGUAACCCUGAUAAUAGCCUAACAGCAGCGACCAUGCCUAUCGACCCAUCUCCUGCUGUCUAAGGCAUUCUCAGUUUAGUUAAUAACCCUGAUAAUAGCCUUGCAGCAGCGACCAUACCUAUAGACCCAUCUCCUGCUGUCUAAGGCAUUCUCAGUUUAGUUAGUAACCCUGAUAAUAGCCUAACAGCAGCGACCAUGCCUAUCGACCCAUCUCCUGCUGUCUAAGGCAUUCUCAGUUUAGUUAAUAACCCUGAUAAUAGCCUUGCAGCAGCGACCAUACCUACCGAUAUCUGACGAUACAACGAUACAAUGACACAACGACACAAUGAAGCUUGGGAAGUGCUGCCCUUUGUUUGACCAGACGGGGAUUCGGCAGAAUAAGCAGCCAUUUCUGGUAAAUCGCUGUUUUGAUUUGCGUGUGAUUAGACGCCUGGCUGUGAGAGAGGCCAUGUUUAUAUAUAUAUACACACAAACCCAAACUCCAGCACUCAACCCAAAACAAUAAACAAACAGUAUCAGUCUCCACGCGGGUGCUUCCCAGCGCUGUACAUCUCAAAGUGGGAUGUAUAAAUAAAUAUAUAUCAAAGAAGUCAAAUCGGGAGCAAAAAAUCCCAGAGCGUGCUUCCGAUUGGACUUCUUUGAUAUAUAUUUCUAUAUACACCCCUAACCUGUGUAAGCUGUGUACAGCGCCACGCACAGCGUGUGAGGGACUGUCCGCAGGCUGGCUCCUGUACGUAUGACGUGCUAUAUACACAUUUUGUUAUCAUUUUCUCCUUGUCAUCCUCUUUUUUACAGAAACUAUGUGGGACGAAUUAUCCUCUGAGCAUCCUCUUUAUUGUCGUCAAUGAAUUCUGUGAACGAUUCUCUUACUAUGGAAUGAAAGGUACGCAGGGCGGGGGGAGGCAGCAGACCACGGCAUAGUAAGAGGGUAGAGGGUUAUAUUGUACUCAGUAUGUGUAUAGAACUAUUUAUAUAAAAAUACACUAACAAAUCCUAUUAAACUGAGGUGAUACCUCAACAAAUCCAUUGCAGGCACAAGUCAAAAACUAUAAUAUAGCAUGUUUUAGUAGUUAUAGUGCUAGACGGUGGCUGCUGUAGCCCAAAUUUCUAUCUAUUUUCUUUCACAGCCUUUUAGACCUCUUCCAUCAUUUUACUUCCCAAUUCAGCCCACAGACUUGUGCAAUGUGAGCGGAUAUUGGGUUUGUAAACCUGCGCGGCUCUCUACCUGCGCAUCUAACAUUCACUGUGAACAUCUCGCCCCUCACAUUAAUACCUGGAGUGCUGUCCUCAGACAAUGCCUUGGCAUUAUUAGUUCUAUAGAACAAUAAUAGCAUGACAUAUAAUGUGAGGGGCCACAAGAAGCAUGGUGGAUGGGUAGGUCCUAUUCAAUCAAUGCUUGAACAUGCCAGAUGGAGAUGGAGAGCGGAGAGGUUAGCCGGCCAUUUUAUUGGUUUGGGCUUUCUGCAUUAGUCCCAAAAUGUCUCCAAACUGUGUGUGGUCAUUAAUAUGAAGGUCUUCAGAAUCCAACAUUGAUCACACUAUGUUUACCAGACACGUUCUAUAAGAGCUGUUGUGAGUUUCAAAAAUGAUGGUUAUAUUUUAUUUAAGUUUAAUACAUUUCGUAGGAAUAAUUCUCAAAAAUGCAUAAAUAGAAAAAAAAAAUACACAAAAUAAUUUGAUUAAACAUAAUGUGAGAAAAAUAAAAAACAAUAACUGUAAAAUGAAAAGAGCAAUGGGGGAAAUUCCCAACAAUGAGUGUUUUGUCAUACGCCAACACUGUGUGUAUCAUACUCACCCAACACCGCAAAAUACUUCCAUUUUGUGUAUUUAUUUUACUGGCAAUUUGUUAUUAAUAGAUUAAAAAAUACUAUUAGUGCAAAAUGUGAAAAAAAAAGCUACAGCCACGAUAAACGGUAAAAGUCAGUAUGUUUGCACUUCCUUAGUAAAUGUAUCAGAUGACGUGUGUAUAUAAGCAGAGCGCAGUAUAGGAGACAUAGCCUACUCAUUCCACACGUGGCUGCUUCUUUUAGCUCUGAGUCGGAAGGUGAAUGAAAGGCCAAGGCCAAACACCCAUUUAUAAACCAAAUAAAACAUCACCUGGUCUCUUCCCGGCAAUAUCUCGUGGACUUGUGCCCAUCAUUUAUUGAGGUUUAUGGCUUAUAAAUGCACGUACGCUGAUAUAAAGACAGUCUGUGGCCAAAUCAAGAGAUAAAUGCACAGAUAAUCACCGGGAUGGUUAGAACAAUUCAUUUAGAUAGAUCUUGGGACUUGCAUUGUGUUUGUACACCUCUGUACAGGGCUCAGGCGGGACCCCUAUAUCAACAACAUUUAAAGUGACCAUGCUGUGUCUGCAGAUAGAAACCAUUUUAUUAAUUGUUUACACAUGGCUCCAUUCUUUUUAUAUUUCCAUUAUAUAUAAUAAUAAUAAUAACAAAGUAUUUAACCAGGAAAGGUACAUUCAGAUUUUAAGUACGUCCUGGGAAUGUUACCUUAGCCCAACAUCCAGGGGUUGUUACUAUUACCCAAUUUAAUGGUACUCAUAUUAUCUAACUCGGAAGAAUGAAGGUACGUCCUGGGGUUGUUACUAUUACCCAAUUUAAUGGUACUCAUAAUUUUUAUAGCAUAAAUAAAACUGCACUCUGACAUCACAACACGUCGUAAUGCCAUGAUUUCACCGCACCACCGGAUUGGAGGGAUAGUAAAAUAAUUUACAUAAAAUGCCCUAUCUGUGCCACUGCAAAAUGUUAUAAAGCACUAGAUUCAGUGAUGUCAUCAUGGCACAGUUUGAAAUGACACCAAUGGUACUACUGAGAGUGUAGCGAUAGAGUUGAUUGUAAGCUCCAUGAUGCUGUGGACUGUCACUCCCAUCUGUCUCAGCCAUAUAAUGCGCCCAUUGCUUCUACUACAAUUAGCACUGUUAUGACGCUGUGCUCUUAUAAAUGCAGCUCCAUUACACAUCACAAAACUGACGUUGGGCGCUAAUCCUCAACGUGCAGUUACCACCAUUUUAUGUACGAUGACUCUACCCAACAGCUUUUGACAUGGCGGCCAUAGACCACGCAGCAGGCUCUCAGGAUAGCAAUAUGUUUAGACAGAGAUUUUAGAAAUUCUUAACCACCUCAUUCAGUGAUAAAAAUGUUUGACAGACUUGUCUAGAGAUAUUUUUGCUGCAUAUGUUUAAAUAUAAAAUUUCCAGCGCUGGACGUACUACAAACAUUCAACAGUUUAUUCACUAAAGAGUAAGUUAGGCUGAAUCAGAAAAAAAACAAACCAGUGGCUAAUUAUGGUAAAUUCUGUUUAAUGGAUAAUCCGUAAAAAGUUGCAAUUUAACCCUGGACUUCUGUCCUGUAAUGACUAAAUAACAAUCUGUAACGGGAUUAAUAAUGUCAAGUAGGGAAGCCUGCUGUAGCAAUGAGAGGAAUAAUCAGAUAUUUAUUAUCCUGCAAUAUCUGUGACAGCAAAAUAAAACAGAUAUGGACAUCCAUGCUAUGGCCUUUAUCUAAAUAAUAUCAAGUUCUCCAAAACCUGCCUCCUAGCUGUGAACUAGAUAGUGCAAUGGCUGCUGUGUUUGACCCUAAAUAGUCAUUAUGCUAAUAUAUCAAGUGACUGAAAUUUGUAUAUCAGUAAGAAUGUUUAUUUGGAACAUUCUGAGCUGAUUAAAUCGCUAGAUCCCAGGGAGUGUGAGACACUUUGUUAGGGGCUAUAAGUAUAUAUAUUUUCCUGUUGCCAGCUACCCUUCCGCACAAGGCUAUUCACUGUAUAAAGCUGCAAUUUUUUUUUUAUCCAAACCAUAAUUUAUGGACUAUUAAAGGGACACUAUAGUCACCUGAACAACUUUAGCUUAAUGGAGCAGUUUUGGUGUAUAGAACAUGCCCCUGCAGCCUCACUGCUCAAUCCUCUGCCAUUUAGGAGUUAAAUCCCUUUGUUUAUGAACCCUAGUCACACCUCCCUGCAUGUGACUUGCACAGCCUUCCAUAAACACUUCCUGUAAAGAGAGCCCUAUUUAGGCUUUCUUUAUUGCAAGUUCUGUUUAAUUAAGAUUUUCUUAUCCCCUGCUAUGUUAAUAGCUUGCUAGACCCUGCAAGAGCCUCCUGUAUGUGAUUAAAGUUCAAUUUAGAGAUUGAGAUACAAUUAUUUAAGGUAAAUUACAUCUGUUUGAAAGUGAAACCAGUUUUUUUUCAUGCAGGCUCUGUCAAUCAUAGCCAGGGGAGGUGUGGCUAGGGCUGCAUAAACAGAAACAAAGUGAUUUAACUCCUAAAUGACAGUGAAUUGAGCAGUGAAAUUGCAGGGGAAUGAUCUAUACACUAAAACUGCUUUAUUUAGCUAAAGUAAUUUAGGUGACUAUAGUGUUCCUUUAAGGAAAUGUAAAUUUAGGAUGAAAUAGCAAAAAGGAAAAAAAAGUCAUCAAUUCAGCUAUUUUACCAAUUAAAAUUUCUCUUAAUUCUCUUGAGAAUUAUUAUUAAAUACCAAAUAGGUCAACUAUUUCCAGCUCUAAAUAUUAUAUAGUAAAUAAAAAAAAAUGUAAAAUUCCUCCAUAGAGUACACAACUCAUGAAUGAUUCAUAUAUUUUUUAGAGCGUCAAUAAGGAUAUGACAUUGUAUAAACAUCCCAGCAGUGGGGGCUCAGGCUGGAACAUGGGGGGCAGGCGGGCACAAACCGGUCUCCAGGUCACCACCUCUGUUGCCAGCCAAUAGAAAGUGCAUUAUUUAUUGUAUUCUAAGCACAGCAUGCGACGGCGGGCUCGUUGGUAAAUACACACUUUAUUUAUAUUUUGCCUUUGCAGCUGUCCUCACCCUUUACUUCCUGAAUUAUCUUCACUGGGAUGAGAAUUUGUCGACCACGGUGUACCAUGCAUUCUCCGGGCUCUGCUACUUCACCCCCAUAAUCGGAGCUCUCAUCGCUGAUGUCUGGCUCGGAAAAUUCAAGUAAGGAUCUGGACCCAGUUCUGAACUAAACCUGACCCUCUGAGAUUGUACUAACGUGACAUUACCCUUUCUUUAACUCUCCAGUAUCGGUGAUAAUGUUAUCGUCAGGUUUACACCAAACAGACAGCAUCAAUAUUAUACCCCAUAAACACUUUCAUGUAAUUUAAACGUUAACAAAUGUGUCUUUACCUCACAGUAAUAAUUCACCUAGAAUGGAGGUACCCAGAGUAUAACUAUAUACAGAGUACAAAUAUACAGAGUAUACAAAUAUACAGACAGAGUAUACAAAUAUACAGAGUACACAUACACAGAGUAUACAUACACAGAAUACCAUAACACAGACUGAAUAACCAUGCUCUUAUUUUCUCAGUUAUAUUCCCAAUCUCUAUAAAUAAAAACUCAUUGUGAUUUUAACAUAUUUUUAUUGAAAUAAUAUUAAUUCAUUUUUUGCAGCACGAUUUUCUGGUUGUCUAUUUUGUAUGUCAUUGGUCAUGUAGUGAAAUCUGUUGGAGCCAUUCCAACCAUCGGGAGCACUGAGCUUCAUGUGUAAGUAAGAACAUGUCUAUCACACUGUCUGUCAUACUGCUCUCUGAAGCGUGUUUAAUACGUGUGCAUUGCAGGGCAUUGUCCAUGGUCGGGCUGAUUGCCAUUGCCUUUGGUACCGGUGGUAUUAAACCCUGUGUCUCGGCGUUCGGUGGAGACCAGUUCGAAGAACAUCAUGUAAGACUUAACUUUUUGCUGUUGUGGGAAGACCCAAAAACAUCUGAAUGACAAUAAAGGCUGGAAUUGUUCCCAUAUUAACUCAUUCAAAAUACCAUUCAAUGAUUUGCUGCAAAUUCAACCUGAGAGCCCCGGCUAGGAGGGACGAGGCUGAAAUCUCUCAGCCAUUCCCAAACUUCCCGACUAGGAGGGACGAGGCUGAAAUCUCUCAGCCAUUCCCAAACUUCCCGACUAGGAGGGACGAGGCUGAAAUCUCUCAGCCAUUCCCAAACUUCCCAACUAGGAGGGGUGAGGCUGAAAUCUCUCAGCCAUUCCCAAACUUCCGACUAGGAGGGACGAGGCUGAAAUCUCUCAGCCAUUCCCAAACUUCCCGACUAGGAGGGGGAGGGACGAGGCUGAAAUCUCUCAGCCAUUCCCAAACUUCCCGACUAGGAGGGACGAGGCUGAAAUCUCUCAGCCAUUCCCAAACUUCCCGACUAGGAGGGACGAGGCUGAAAUCUCCAUUGCAUUCUGAAGCUUUUUUCAACAAGGAGGGCCGGAGUCUCAGCCAUUCCUGAGCUUCCAGAGCUAGGAGGGGCCGAGGCUGAAAUCUCUCAGCCAUUCCCAACUUCCCGACUAGGAGGGUGAGGCUGAAAUCUCUCAGCCAUUCCCAAACUUCCUGACUAGGAGGGACGAGGCUGAAAUCUCUCAGCCAUUCCCAAACUUCCCAACUAGGAGGGGUGAGGCUGAAAUCUCUCAGCCAUUCCCAAACUUCCGACUAGGAGGGGUGAGGCUGAAAUCUCUCAGCCAUUCCCAAACUUCCCGACUAGGAGGGACGAGGCUGAAAUCUCUCAGCCAUUCCCAAACUUCCCGACUAGGAGGGACGAGGCUGAAAUCUCUCAGCCAUUCCCAAACUUCCCGACUAGGAGGGACGAGGCUGAAAUCUCUCAGCCAUUCCCAAACUUCCCAACUAGGAGGGUGAGGCUGAAAUCUCUCAGCCAUUCCCAAACUUCCCGACUAGGAGGGGUGAGGCUGAAAUCUCUCAGCCAUUCCCAAACUUCCCGACUAGGAGGGACGAGGCUGAAAUCUCUCAGCCAUUCCCAAACUUCCCGACUAGGGGGGACGAGGCUGAAAUCUCUCAGCCAUUCCCAAACUUCCCGACUAGGAGGGACGAGGCUGAAAUCUCUCAGCCAUUCCCAAACUUCCUGACUAGGAGGGACGAGGCUGAAAUCUCUCAGCCAUUCCCAAACUUUCCAACAAGGAGGGGUGAGGCUGAAAUCUCUCAGCCAUUCCCAAAUUUCCCGCUGUUUUCAGAGACAGCGAAGGUCGGGAGUUUAUGGGACGCUUUAAUUUAACUUAUUAUGAAAAAUGAAUAGAAGCACUGUGCGUCAAAGCUCCAUGAUGUUAUUUCAUAGCAAUCCGUAGCAUUAUGCGAAAAAGCAAACGCCACGGAGACAUCACCAGGGGAACGCGUGUCGUUAUCCCAGGGUGUGAUUGUUAGUAGAGAAUCAGGUAUAAUCCAAAGAAGAGAUGUUACCAUUAAUCUCCGAGCUGUAAUGCAAGAAACAUGAGUAGUUAUAGUAUUUGUUGUUAUUGCUACAUUCAUUGUUUUAUUUCUUUUUAGGUAAAAGAACGCGCUAAGUUUUUCUCCAUUUUCUACCUUUCCAUUAAUGCUGGGAGUUUAAUCUCCACCCUGGUGACACCCGUACUCAGAGGUAAGAUUUCUUUAUCUCCAUGGACACCGACGGGGAUAAUUUACUAAGCAGUAACUUGCAAUUCAGGCCAGAGUAGGCGAGCUGUGUGAUAUCACUUGCAUUGUCAGUCUCUGUGAAUAGAUUUUGAUAUUACUUUAUUUGAGAUUUUCUAAAAUAUUUCCCUUCCAUGGUUCUCAUGUUACCAGUAAUUUCACUCAAUAUUCACGCUUUAUACAACACAUUGCUCCAAAUUCUACUGAAAUGUUAAAGACCUCCUAACCUGGAGCCUGUUUCUCUCUCUCCCAGGGGGUGUCCAGUGCUUUGGGACGGAUUGUUAUGCGUUGGCUUUUGGUGUCCCAGCCGCGUUGAUGUUUCUUGCGCUCAGUAAGUGUGUUCAGCAAACCUGCGCUAAAAUCAAACUGAGAACUCAGUAAUGUAUUUAAAGGGACACUCCAAACCCAUAAAGCACUUCAGUUUGCUGGAAUACGUUAUGUGUGAAGAGCGUGGACUCUUUUUUUUUUCAUUUUACAAACAGUGCAAAUAUCAAUAGAAAUUGCCACAUUUAAAAAUGAACCUUGUUACACCCCCUCUGGCUGUCAAUCAAUCACCUGGUCCUGUUACUGCCUGGUUUGUUUAGCUCAGUGGAUUGCCCAGAGCACCUGCCUCGCAAAGACUUGUAAAGACAGCCACAGAAAGUCUGGGCGGGGUUAGAAUGGAAGGGCUUACAAAGGCUGCAGACAAGAGAUCUGCAGCUUUUGCAAUCUGUUUUUAGAUAUAUUCCCAAAGAAAAAAAGUCUUUAUUAAAUACAUGCAAGUUUUCAUUGGGGUAUAUUUACUAAACAGUGAAGGGGAGGGGGGAUUGGGCAGUGGAGUGUCCCUUGUAAUGUGUAUUUUUUCAGAGAUAAUAAUUUAAUUCAGGGAAAGGCUCUCUCUGACUCACAGAAAUGAAAACAUUCUAGAAUUCAGACAGAUAGUGGUUUGUGGCCCGAUUAUAAUCUAAUUUGUAAAAUGUAGACCAAAAAAAAGAUUUGCUCAAAAAUAUUUGUACAUUUGUUUUUCCAAAUUUUGGCUUAAAAAUUUGUAAUUUGCCCAUCUUUUCCAGUUUAGCUUACUGUUUAAUGAAUACAUGGCUUUAAAAUACAUGUAUGGUAUGUCACUUUGUAAUGAUGGUUUAAUUCACUGGUAUUCCCCUCUUCUCAUCGAUGUUGUUAUCUUGCUCUGUGCUGCCAGUUUAUUUCGGUCAGUAUCUCUUCCUUUGAUUUUGUUUCCUAGUCGUGUUUGUCAGUGGCAGUGGGAUGUAUAAGAAAUGCCCUCCAGAAGGGAAUGUUCUGUCUCAAGUCUUCAAAUGCAUUGGAGUAAGUAUGAGGCAGCGUGUUUCACCGUUAUCGCUGGUUUCUGUUUUGGGACAGAACAGUGGAGAUUUAUAAAAGUGUCUCCUAGACUUGUGCCCUGUGAAGUAAUUAUUACACUUAUUUAUUCAUCUGUUAGGUAUUUUCUAAACAUAUAAGUUACAAAUAAAUAUUUUUUUAACGGUUCCUCCUUUUUUUCCUCUAUUGGUCACAUGAUCUGUGAAUAAAAAGAAAAUUUAGUGACUCUCCCCUGACCAUCAUUCAUCUUUUUUUUGGCUCAUUCAAUGUCUGUUUUGUUGUUUCGUGAUGUGGUUAUGGUGUUUCAGAGUUACGGAAUUCCGAAUAGGUGAUCAUUGCACGAAUUCCGGACAUAUUGUAAUUCAUUUGAAACAAGGAGAUGCUGCAAAGCUGUAAAACUGUAGCAUUGCUCGUGGAAACCAUGGAAUACAGGGGCAGAACGUCAUUAGCUACUGAGGCCAGUUCUGCAGCUAAUACUAGGUUCAUUUUUAAGCAAAUUUUUCUAAAUUUAUAUUUUUUACAGGGAUUAAUUGUAUGCAUUAAAACGUGUUUUCCCUUUAAAAUUAAACCUCACAAUAUAACUAACAUUCAACAUUGAACUCGGCAUGUAGCUCUGCCACGUUCAAUAAACAAAACACUGAACCCUGAAUCGCCCCAUAAAAUGAUUACUGGAUUCUUCAUGUCUCUAUAAAUUCCAUCUCUCAGAUAGGACACUUUGCCACUGAGUUUAAGUGAAAAACUGAGUUGAUAAUUGUCAAACGUUCACCGACAAAUUUUUUUUUUUUUUUUUAUUGUUUAGUUUGCACUAUCAAACCGAUGGCGCUAUCGCGGAAAGCAACAUCCUAAGAGAGAACACUGGUUGGACUGGGCCACUGAAAAAUAUCCUGUGAGCAUGGUGCCAGUGCUGGGGAGAGCAGGGUAUAGAGUGCCAGGGCUGGGGAGUGCAGGAUAUAGAGUGCCAGGGCUGGGGAGAGCAGGGUAUAGAGUGCCAGGGCUGGGGAGUGCAGGAUAUAGAGUGCCAGAGCUGGGGAGUGCAGGAUAUAUAGUGCUAGGGCUGGGGAGAGCAGGAUAUAGAGUGCCAGGCCUGGGGAGAGCAGGAUAUAGAGUGCCAGGGCUGGAGAGAGCAGGGUGCAGAGUGUCAGGGCUGGAGAUAACAGGGUGCAGAGUGCCAGGGCUGGGGAGAUCAGGGUACAGAGUGUCAGGGCUGGGGAGAGCAGGGUAUAGAGUGCCAGGGCUGGGGAGAGCAGGGUAUAGAGUUGCAGGGCUGGGGAGUGCAGGAUACAGAGUACCAGGGCUGGAGAGAGCAGGGUGCAGAGUGCCAGGGCUGGGGAGCUCAGGGUGCAGAGUGCCAGGGUUGAGGAGAGAUGGUUAUAUAGUGCUAGGGCUGGGGAGAGCAGGAUAUAGAGUGCCAGGCCUGGGGAGAGCAGGAUAUAGAGUGCCAGGGCUGGAGAGAGCAGGGUGCAGAGUGUCAGGGCUGGAGAUAACAGGGUGCAGAGUGCCAGGGCUGGGGAGAUCAGGGUACAGAGUGUCAGGGCUGGGGAGAGCAGGGUAUAGAGUGCCAGGGCUGGGGAGAGCAGGGUAUAGAGUUGCAGGGCUGGGAGUGCAGGAUACAGAGUACCAGGGCUGAGAGAGAGCAGGGUGCAGAGUGUCAGGGCUGGGGAUAACAGGGUGCAGAGCGCCAGGGCUGGGGAGAGCAGGGUAUAGAGUGUCAGGGCUGGGGAGAGCAGGGUAUAGAGUGCCAGGGCUGGGGAGAACAGGGUAUAGAGUUGCAGGGCUGGGGAGUGCAGAAUAUAGAGUGCCAGCGCUGGAGAGAGCAGGGUGCAGUGUGUCAGGGCUGGGGAUAACAGGGUGCAGAGCGCCAGGGCUGGGCAGAGCAGGGUAUAGAGUGUCAAGGCUGGGGAGAGCAGGGUGCAGAGUGCCAGGGCUGGGGAGAGCAGGGUGCAGAGUGCCAUUUCUGUGGAGAGCAGGGUGCAGAGGGCCAGGGCUGGGGAGCUCAGGAUGUGGAGUGCCAGGGCUGGUAAGCUCAGGGUGCAGAGUGCCAGGGCUGGGGAGAUCAGGAUGCAGAGGGCCAGGGCUGGGGAGCUCAGGAUGAGGAGUGCCAGGGCUGGGAAGCUCAGGGUGCAGAGUGCCAGGGCUGGGGAGAUCAGGAUGCAGAGGCUGGGGAGAGCUGGAUGCAAAGUGCCAGGGCUGGGGAGAGCUGGAUGCAGAGUGCCAGGGCUGGAGAGAGCACGGUGCAGAGUUCCAGGGAUGGAGAGAGCAGGGUGCAGAUUGCAAGGGCUGGAGAAAGCAGAAUGCAGAGUGCCAGGGCUGGGGAGCUCAGGGUGCAGAGUGCCAGGGUUGAGGAGAGACGGUUAUAGAAUGCCAGGGAUUGGGGAGAGCAGGAUGCAGAGUGAUAGGGCUGGGGAGAGCAGGGUGUGGAGUGUCAAGGCUGGGGAGAGCAGGGUGUGGAGUGUCAAGGCUGGGGAGAGCAGGAUGCAGAGUGAUAGGGCUGGGGAGAGCAGGGUGUGGAGUGAUAGGGCUGGGGAGUGCAGGGUGCAGCAGAGUGCCAGGGCCGGAGAGAGCAAGUUGCAGAAUGCCAGGGAUGGUGAGAGCAGUGUGCGGAGUGCCAGGGGUGAGAAAAACAGGUUUUGGGGACUGGGUAUGGAAACUUCUUGCAGUGCCCCAUGUGAUAAAAAAUGUACAUUCCAAUCAUUCUUUGUUUUUUCUCCAGAAAAAAAUUAUCACUGAGGUGAAAAUGGUGACCCGGGUUCUGUUCCUGUACAUCCCGUUACCCAUGUUUUGGGCUCUGUUUGAUCAGCAGGUAACUGAGACAUGGCUAAAACAGCGAGUCUGGGAAUAGAGCAGAGAUGGAGGAUGGAUCCAGCUCCUUCAUUCUGGGAUAAACAUUAGAAGAUAAUGAGUAUUGGAGGUUCUCCCACUUUGAGUGUCCAAUAAAAUGCAGAAUGAAUGGCUCCUCCUACUGCGCUAAAAAUGCAGAAUAAAUGGCAAAUCCUACUGCGCUAAAUAUGGCUUUUAUCAUAGUGUCUCCCAAGCCUAUAUAUCAAAUAUUUUUGUUAAAUUUGUCUCUUUUUCUAGGGAUCCCGAUGGACUCUACAAGCUACAAGAAUGGACACAAAAUUAGUAAGUCCUAUAGUCCCUUUUGUCUUUUAGCAUCUUCUUUAAAUGUUACUUGUAUUUAGUAAAGAAUAGUGUAUCAGAUUAGCAAUAUUUCUGCUUUAAUCGGUGUAACCAUAUCCCUGCCAUAUCAUGUCUCCUACACAACAAUCACACCUUGCUAAUGUAUUCGCACUAAUGAUGCAUUUGUGUUGUCAAUAGUGUCGGCAGGACUCACUAUUCAUUCACUGAACAGUCUCACAACCCAAGACAAGGAUGUUUAAUGGUGGAUGUUAUUUAAUGUUGAGGUAGAAAUCACAACUAUCCUUACACUAGCGGUGAGUGAAGAGUAGUAUUUAUUUACACCCAGAUACUUUAAUAUAAACCCCCAGCACUCAGACUGGGUGAUGUAAAAAGCUGCUCCAUCUUUAUAUGGUAUUUGUGAUACAAGUUGCAAACGGUAAAUCCCAUAAUGCAUAGCACCGGGUCAUUUGCAUAUUAUUCACCAUCUUUACUUCCAACCUUUGAAGACAAAUGGAUAGUAAAUUCCCUUGAUAUCAUGAGUUGGUUAAGCAGGAACGAUUUCUUCCCAUGAUAUUAUACUAACUUAACCCUAUAUACCAUCUUUAUCCUGUAACUGGGUGCCUCCAUCAUAGCUCCCUGUCAAUCAUUAUUAUAAGCUGUGCCUGGAAUUAACUGGUUUGAUUUGUAAUUUGCUAAAUAUUUAAUAUACAUUUAAAAGAAAUCUAAGCAUGACUUAAAAAAAAAUAAAAAUAAAUAAAUAAAAUUAUGUCUCGUGAUAUGUGAUUUUUAAAAAUAUUUCUGAUUAGUAUGUCACAUUAUAUUUCGCAACACCAUAUAUAUAUAAAAAAUGAAUUUGUGAGCUCUUAAAAUGAAAUUAAAUAUAUAAAUGCAGACAUAUAUUCAGCUCUGUCCCAUGUGAUACCCCAAUUGUUCAAAAGAAUGCAAUAGUCAUAACGUUUAACCCCUUAAGGACACAUGACAUGUGUGACAUGUCAUGAUUCCCUUUUAUUCCAGAAGUUUGGUCCUUAAGUGGUUAAAGUUUAUUCUGUGUUGGUUUUUAUUUUGUCUGUUUUUAAAUUUUAUUUAUGGAUUCCAAAAAUUGCACCUUACUAAUGCAUUUACACUAGUGAUGCAGUUGUGUUGUCAGUGGUGUCAGCAGGACUGUUCUCACUAUUCAUUCAUUGAACAGUCUCACAACCCAAGACAAGGAUGGUUAACAGUGGAUGUUAUUUAGGUAGAGGUAGAAAUCACAACUAUCCUUACACUAGCGGUGAAUGAAGAGUAGUAUUUAUUUACACCCAGAUACUUUAAUAUAAACCCCCAGCACUCAGACUGGGUGAUGUAAAAAGCUGCUCCAUCUUUAUAUGGUAUUUGUGAUGGAGGUUGCAAAAGAUAAAUCCCAUAAUGCAUAGCACCAGGUCAUUUGCAUAUUAUUCACCAUCAUUAUUUCCAACCUUGAAGACAAGUGGAUAGUAAAUUCCCUUGAUAUCAUAAAUUGGUAUAACAGGGACGAUUUCUUCCCAGGAUUUUUAUUAUAUUAACAUAACCCUGUAUACCACCUUUAUCCUGUAACUGGGUGCCUCCAUCUCAGCUCCCUGUCAAUCAUUGUUAUAAGCUCCGCCCUUUACACCUGGCAGUCAGCAUAGAGAGAGCCACCUCCAUCUUAGCUCCCUGUCAGUCAUUGUUAUAAGCUCCGCCCUUUACACCUUGCAGUCAGCAUAGAGAGAGCCACCUCCAUCUUAGCUCCCUGUCAAUCAUUGUUAUAAGCUCCGCCCUUUACACCUGGCAGUCAGCAUAGAGAGAGCCACCUCCAUCUUAGCUCCCUGUCAAUCAUUGUUAUAAGCUCCGCCCUUUACACCUGGCAGUCAGUAUAGAGAGAGCCACCUCCAUCUUAGCUCCCUGUCAAUCAUUGUUAUAAGCUCCGCCCUUUACACCUGGCAGUCAGUAUAGAGAGAGCCGCCUCCAUCUUAGCUCCCUGUCAAUCAUUGUUAUAAGCUCCGCCCUUUACACCUGGCAGUCAGUAUAGAGAGAGCCACCUCCAUCUUAGCUCCCUGUCAAUCAUUGUUAUAAGCUCCGCCCUUUACACCUUGCAGUCAGUAUAGAGAGAGCCACCUCCAUCUUAGCUCCCUGUCAAUCAUUGUUAUAAGCUCCGCCCUUUACACCUGGCAGUCAGUAUAGAGAGAGCCACCUCCAUCUUAGCUCCCUGUCAAUCAUUGUUAUAAGCUCCGCCCUUUACACCUGGCAGUCAGUAUAGAGAGAGCCGCCUCCAUCUUAGCUCCCUGUCAAUCAUUGUUAUAAGCUCCGCCCUUUACACCUGGCAGUCAGUAUAGAGAGAGCCGCCUCCAUCUUAGCUCCCUGUCAAUCAUUGUUAUAAGCUCCGCCCUUUACACCUGGCAGUCAGUAUAGAGAGAGCCACCUCCAUCUUAGCUCCCUGUCAAUCAUUGUUAUAAGCUCCGCCCUUUACACCUGGCAGUCAGUAUAGAGAGAGCCGCCUCCAUCUUAGCUCCCUGUCAAUCAUUGUUAUAAGCUCCGCCCUUUACACCUGGCAGUCAGUAUAGAGAGAGCCACCUCCAUCUUAGCUCCCUGUCAAUCAUUGUUAUAAGCUCCGCCCUUUACACCCGGCAGUCAGUAUAUAGCUCCCUGAUUGUUAUAAGAGCAGUCAGUAUAGAGAGAGCCUCCAUCUUAGCUCCCUGUCAAUCAUUGUUAUAAGCUCCGCCCUUUACACCUGGCAGUCAGUAUAGAGAGAGCCGCCUCCAUCUUAGUUCCCUGUCAAUCAUUGUUAUAAGCUCCGCCCUUUACACCUGGCAGUCAGUAUAGAGAGAGCCACCUCCAUCUUAGCUCCCUGUCAAUCAUUGUUAUAAGCUCCGCCCAUUACACCUGGCAGUCAGUAUAGAGAGAGCCACCUCCAUCUUAGAUCCCUGCCAGUCAUUGUUAUAAGCUCCGCCCUUUACACCUGUCAAUCAGCACUGAGAACAGCCAUUUUCAAUGCCUGCAUUGUCUGAACUGGAUUAUAUCAUUUUUAAAAGCUUUUUUUAAUAGAAAAUAGAGCAUCUCAUUAAAAAAAUAUUAGCACAAGUAAUAGAUGAUUUUCAAUAUUUUAUUCAAUGGUGUAAAUUCCAGAGAAGUGAGAGUUCCCCUUUAGUUUGAGAUUAUAUUCUUAUAAACUAGAAUGGGCUGAUUGGCCCCAUUUAGGGAUAAUUUGAAUAAGACAUAAAGGAAUACUCCAAACACCUAAAGCAGCGUAACUGUGUGAGGAGUGCACCCUUUUUUUAUUUUACAAAAAGUUCAGAUUUCAAUAGAAAUUAUUUAUAAAUUAACCUUGUUAUACUCCCCUGGCUGUCAGUCUGACACCCAAUCCGGUUACUUCCUGGUUUGGUUAGCUCAGUGGUGCUAGAUUCACGAGGCAGCAAUUGCCCAGAGCACCUGCCUUGUAGAGACUUCUCAUUGAGCUGCAUUAGGAAGUCUGUGAUUGGUCAGACACAGAAAGUCUGGGCGGGAUUAGAAGGGGAGGGCUUGCAAAGGCUGCAGACAGGAGAUCUACAUCUAUUGUGAGCCAUUUUUAGAUACACCCUUAAUGCAAAAAUGCAUCAUUAAAUACAGGCUUGUUUUCACUGGGCAUAUAUGUAGUAAAUAGUGAUUAUUAUAUUUAUUUUGUAUUUAUGCAGGGCAGUGUAGACCUUUAAGUUUGUAAAAAUGUGGAUCAGCCCGGAUUUGGUUGUUUAAUUUGGAUGACUGUAAAUUUGUUGAAUCACCCCAGAUGAUUAUUCCACAGUUUGUGACUACAAAUAAUCGCACACUGGAUCCGGUCACUAACACAUGGUUGUUGGAAACCUACAAGCAAAGUUCAGAAUAAAGUACAGAGUUGGCAAAAAAAUCUUCAUCCUGACGGAUCUGGAGAUUUUUAAUCAACGCAGACUUUUGUACAUUUUACAAGUAGUGUUUUAAGAUAAUAAGUUGUUUCACUGAUAUUAUUUCCACAACUAAUGACUUGUUUCACCGGUUACCCAAACAUGGCGGCUCAUGGAUACCCAACCGUCUGCAGAUACUAAUCCCAAUCAUUCUACUUUCAGGGAGGAUUUGUUGCGCAACCGGACCAGAUCCAGGUAUGUGACUAUCACCACCCCCAGCCACAGUAAUUACCUCAUCUACAACAGCCAUCAACCGCAUUAUACUCACAGCCACUCCCAUCGCCCACAGCCAUCAUCCUCACCAGCAGUCACUCCCAUUGCCCACAGCCAUUAUACUCACUCACAGACACUCCAAUCGCCCACAGCCAUUAUCCUCACUCACAGACACUCCAAUCGCCCACAGCCAUUAUCCUCACUCACAGACACUCCAAUCGCCCUGAGCCAUUAUACUCACUCACAGACACUCCAAUCGCCCACAGCCAUUAUACUCACUCACAGACACUCCCAUCGCCCACAGCCAUUAUACUCACUCACAGACACUCCAAUCGCCCACAGCCAUUAUACUCACUCAGAGACAUUCCAAUCGCCCACAGCCAUUAUACUCACUCACAGACACUCCAAUCGCCCACAGCCAUUAUACUCACUCACAGACACUCCAAUCGCCCACAGCCAUUAUACUCACUCAGACACUCCAAUCGCCCACAGCCAUUAUACUCACUCACACACUCCGAUCGCCCACAGCCAUUAUACUCACUCACAGAAACUCCAAUCGCCCACAGCCAUUAUACUCACUCACAGACACUCCAAUCGCCCACAGCCAUUAUACUCACUCACACACUCCGAUCGCCCACAGCCAUUAUACUCACACACAGACACUCCCACAGCCAUUAUCCUCACCCACACCCACCUGCUUCCACGACUUUCAACCAACAGCAACUUCCAUCACUCACAUCUAAAGCCACUCACACCAUGCGCUGACUGCCACUCCCAUCACUCACAACUACAGCCAAUCCCACUUCUGCCACUCCCAUUACUCACACUCACAGCCACUCCCAUCGCCCACAGCCAUUAUCCUGGCUCCCGCUAGGCUUCCAGUUACUAACCCCUGUCUCACUGAUCCCAGUAAUCUUAUCUUAUCGCAGGUUAUGAAUCCACUUAUGAUCCUUAUCCUGAUUCCAGUUUUUGACCUUGGAAUUUACCCACUGCUUAAAUGUUGCAAGAUCAACUUUAAGUGAGUAUGGCGAUUUGUCUUGUGCUGAGCGUGUCCUUAUUGCAUAUAAUAUAUCUUAUCAGCAGCUGCAAUUAGCUGUCUGUCUGUGUUUUCCUUCACAGGCCUAUCCCAAAAAUGGCGGUGGGCAUGAUUGUGGCAGCUCUGGCAUUUGUCGUGGCCACCGUAGUGGAAAUUCAGAUAAAUGUAAGUUCCAGUUAUCUGUCCGGUGUUUCUACUAACCUUAUAUAGAGCUGAAUCUGUGCUCCAUAGUAAUCACUGAGUGUAUGACGCACUCUGACAUCAUAAGCAUGCAACCAAUCAGCAUCAGCGGCUGCGGAGAAGGUAGGUUCAGAGUAAUUUCUCUCGCCGGUUUGUUUCUGCGUGUGCAGAUUCCAGCUGAGGGAGAAAUUGCCAAGCAUCUUAAAACAUGCAUUUAUACCAUCCCAUGACAAGAAAAGGAUAAAUACAACCAAAUCAUUAAUCAAUGAGCAUUUUCAGUAUACGGCAAACUGUGGUGAAAUAACAAAAUGUCGGCCUACAUGGCCUCAUUACAAACCAAACAAACCCCAAUUCAGCUCAGCUCGGGGAAGGCGCCAUAUUAACCAAUUAAACUCGCCAGAACUUGCUAAAAAGAGGAUCAACAACUUUAAAAGAAAAAACUCUGAAUAUUUAAUGUUUGUCACACUGACUGCCAUUUCCUUUCUCUUCCCAGAAAACCAUCCCGCCGGUUGCUAAAGACAAGGAAUGCUACGUGCAGGUCAUGAAUUUUGCCGACACGGAGCUAACGCUUAAUAUUAAAAACCAGGAGUUUGUAGUAGGCAGUCUGAAAGAAUCGGACUUUGAGGUAAGUACUGUGCGCAGUAUAAACAAAUCUUGUGAUUUAUUAUUAGGGUGAUGUAAAAUCACCAGUCCCAGGACACAAAGAAAAUAUACGGCUUUAUAUAUUCCUGCGAUAUUGGGAUUAUAUACCAUAUUUUCUCUGGAUUGUUUUAUAUUGCUGUGUGUCUAAUUAAUAAAUUCACGUGGACACGUCUUUAAACAUGAAUAUUAUUUUGUUAUUAGGUCACGAGGCCAUAGAUCCAUUCUUGCUGAUCACAAUAAGGACUGCUGGCUAUAAGUUAACUGGAUGCCUCUGUAUAAAAACAGGACUUUUAUAAAACACCCAAACCACUCUUCAGUGGAGAACUGUUUAUGUCUCUGCAUUAAACACUCAUUUAUUGGCCCUGAUUAAUUACUAACCCGGAAUGAAGGGUUAAACCCCCCUUAUACUAAUACGCACCACAUCUCGCUGUUUAAUGAACAGACCCCUCAAUGUGUACAGUUUUUGCAAUACUGAAAUGUUUAUCUGACUGAACUGAAUCGUUUUUACAGGAUCCAAGUUAUCAGAAAAUAGAGCUUGACGGUAACGACCUACAUAUUAAUAUCGGUUUGCCAAGUGGUUCAUGUGAAGCUCAUUUAAAUGAACGCUCCAACUAUACCUUACUUAUCUACAACCUCAAUGGAGCCCUGACAUGCGAACAGGUAAAUCGCCCAAUUCAGAUACCAUGCUGGUAUUAUAUUACCAGAAGGGUAUACACGGGUAUAACCAGCAGGGUGUAUAUGGGUAAUACCAGCAGGGUGUAUAUGGGUAUUACCAGCAGGGUGUAUAUGGGUAUUACCAGCAGGGUAUAUAUGGGUAUUACCAGCAGGGUAUAUAUGGGUAUUACCAGCAGGGUAUAUAUGGGUAUUACCAGCAGGGUAUAUAUGGGUAAUACCAGCAGGGUGUAUAUGGGUAAUACCAGCAGGGUAUAUAUGGGUAUUACCAGCAGGGUGUAUAUGGGUAAUACCAGCAGGGUAUAUAUGGGUAUUACCAGCAGGGUAUAUAUGGGUAUUACCAGCAGGGUAUAUAUGGGUAUUACCAGCAGGGUAUAUAUGGGUAUUACCAGCAGGGUAUAUAUGGGUAUUACCAGCAGGGUAUAUAUGGGUAUUACCAGCAGGGUAUAUAUGGGUAAUACCAGCAGGGUGUAUAUGGGUAAUACCAGCAGGGUAUAUAUGGGUAUUACCAGCAGGGUGUAUAUGGGUAAUACCAGCAGGGUAUAUAUGGGUAUUACCAGCAGGGUGUAUAUGGGUAAUACCAGCAGGGUGUAUUCUUUCGCUAUAUUAUUAUCAUACAAAUGUGUUCUUUAAUUUUCCUUUUCAAUUUCUAGUUUACAGAUUCGAAGACGAAACCAUCCAAUGGACGAGCGGCUGUGAGGUAUGAGUUUAGCUACAACUUGUGUUCCUUUUUAUCAGUCCCGCAGCAGAAAUGACAAUAAUUAAAUGCCGUCUGCUCAUAAUAAACAGUCAACAAAUGUACCACAGAGAAAAUAUAUAAUUAAAAUUCUACAUACAAAACACAGGAAUCUGGGGGUGUACCAAGCUGCCCAAUGAACACGCAGUCACUGGCUGACAGCCAGUAAUUAAAUUCAAAGUUCAGUGGCUACUGUGAUAAAGUCAUCAUAUUAAAUUCUGGUUGUAGGGGAGGUAUAUCCACCAUUUGAUUUUUAUCCCUGGGUUACAGGAGGGGUGUUGGUUUGCUCCCGUCUGGGGCAGCCUUCUGGCCCUGAUUUGCCAGAUUUGCCAAUGUAAUUAAUUUAUUCCACUGUUUUGGGUCUGCUAAGUUCUUGCCAAGUAGGACAACUUCCUGUAAGGGGAAUUAUUGCAGAAUUGCUUUCAGUUUGGGCAGCAGACCCAUUCUUAUGUUUUGAUGAAUGAUACUGUAUUCGAAUACUGAACUACGUAUCCCAUAAACCCCAACUCAGCACUUCAAAUAGAAAUAAUAGCGUCACCGUGUCCGCUAUGGUUGGCCUAGAUGGAACUUAUUGAAAGAACUUAAAAUCCUGGGAACUGCGAAUGAGACUAAUUCUACUAGCUCCAACGUUAAAGUGGAACUGCCGCCUGAAAAUAUUUAUCUAAACAAGCUUUAAUAAGUUCAGCUGGAAUUAACCAUCGAGGAUCUGUCAAGAGUUUCAGCAUGGAAGCGGCCAUAUUGGAAACGCAUCACAAUUUCAGAAUCGUGACAGUCACGGAUAUAAAAGGCGGCAGAGAUCUUGUGAUGUGAGCAGCCGAUCAGAUUAGAGUAGCUCCCAGAAUUCCACUGGGAAGGAAACGGUUCUUCCAUCUUUACGAGGAUGCUCAGUGUCCAACAUGCCCAACGUUAACCAGAAUAAUACAAUUUGUAUUCAAGAAAACGUCUAAGAUAUCAAAAUAUAAGAUAUCAAAAUGACCGAGAAGUGGGAUAGGUUUUAACACACUGCAUGAUUGUAUAAUAGACUACAACUGAUGAUUUGUUACAAAAAGUUUGACAUAUUUAAAGGUUUCAUGAUUUGUAGAGAAUUUGCGUGACGGACCCAAUUCUUUGAUUUGCUGAUCUCCUACCCUGCUCUUAUUUUUACAGGUUCAUUAAUAUGCUCAAUACGUCUGUGCAAGUUGUUGCUGGCGAACAAAAUGAGACUCUUUCAGGGAACAUCACUGCAUCAUCAUAUAUGGAACAAAAAAGAGGAAUGUAAGUCUCUUUAGUCAUUUUAUAUGGCAGGCGUAAACUCAUCAACAGUGGCCAAGGGUUCGUGCCACUGACGCCAACAUAGGUGGUUCUCUGGCACCCCAUCAUUAGGGAACCAACCUGGAUUGGCAGGACAGGACUCAAAGACUGAGAAAGACCUGGCGGAUCCAGGACUGUUGGGAGGUGUGCAAAUGAAAUUUUCCUCUCUUUGAGGACCAUAUAGACCAUUUCUGAGGAGAACAAAUAAAUACAUAUAUAUUAUAACUGCAGCUAUAAGGUUAUGGUGUAAGGAGGUCCCCUGUCUCCCCGCACACAGUGUAUUAUAACUGCAGCUAUAAGGUUAUGGUGUAAGGAGGUCCCCUGUCUCCCCGCACACAGUGUAUUCUAACUGCAGCUAUAAGGUUAUGGUGUAAGGAGGUCCCCUGUCUCCCCGCACACAGUGUAUUAUAACUGCAGCUAUAAGGUUAUGGUGUAAGGAGGUCCCCUGUCUCCCCGCACACAGUGUAUUAUAACUGCAGCUAUAAGGUUAUGGUGUAAGGAGAUCCCCUGUCUCCCCGCACACAGUGUAUUAUAACUGCAGCUAUAAGGUUAUGGUGUAAGGAGGUCCCCUGUCUCCCCGCACACAGUGUAUUAUAACUGCAGCUAUAAGGUUAUGGUGUAAGGAGGUCCCCUGUCUCCCCGCACACAGUGUAUUAUAACUGCAGCUAUAAGGUUAUGGUGUAAGGAGGUCCCCUGUCUCCCGCACACAGUGUGUUAUAACUGCAGCUAUAAGGUUAUGGUGUAAGGAGGUCCCCUGUCUCCCCGCACACAGUGUAUUAUAACUGCAGCUAUAAGGUUAUGGUGUAAGGAGGUCCCCUGUCUCCCCGCACACAGUGUAUUAUAACUGCAGCUAUAAGGUUAUGGUGUAAGGAGGUCCCCUGUCUCCCCGCACACAGUGCAUUAUAACUGCAGCUAUAAGGUUAUGGUGUAAGGAGGUCCCCUGUCUCCCCGCACACAGUGUAUUAUAACUGUAGCUAUAAGGUUAUGGUGUAAGGAGGUCCCCUGUCUCCCUGCACACAGUGUAUUAUAACUGCAGCUAUAAGGUUAUGGUGUAAGGAGGUCCCCUGUCUCCCCGCACACAGUGUAUUAUAACUGCAGCUAUAAGGUUAUGGUGUAAGGAGGUCCCCUGUCUCCCCGCACACAGUGUAUUAUAACUGCAGCUAUAAGGUUAUGGUGUAAGGAGGUCCCCUGCCUCCCCGCACACAGUGUAUUAUAACUACAGCUAUAAGGUUAUGGUGUAAGGAGGCCCCUGUCUCCCCACACACAGUGUAUAACUGCAGCUAUAAGGUUAUGGUGUGAGGAGGUCCCCUGUCUCCUUGCACACAGUGUAUUAUAACUGCAGCUAUAAGGUUAUGGUGUAAGGAGGUCCACUGUCUCCCCCCACACAGUGUAUUAUAACUGCAGCUAUAAGGUUAUGGUGUAAGAAGGUCCCCUGUCUCCCCGCACACAGUGUAUUAUAACUGCAGCUAUAAGGUUAUGGUGUAAGGAGGUCCCUGUCUCCCCGCACACAGUGUAUUCUAACUGCAGCUAUAAGGUUAUGGUGUAAGGAGGUCCCCUGUCUCCGCGCACAUAGUGUAUUAUAACUGCAGCUAUAAGGUUAUGGUGUAUCUAAUAUCAAUGUUUGCUUAAUUUAUCAGACCAGAAGUAAAAGCCAUAAUUGAUGGCGAAGAAUACAAAUUUGACAUUGGAUUACUCAAUUUCGGAGCAGCGUACACUGUAAUCCUCACGGAGGUAAGGUCCUUUCUGGUAUGAAUAUUUUAAUUUACAGAGAUCACGCAGGUUUUUUUUUAGUUUUGGAAAUGGUUAAUUAAAAAGUAUGUGUUUCUAUAUUGUUUAAAAGCUCUAAACCUUUUGUGUAGAAACAUCCCAAAAACGUUGUGUGUAUGUGGGAGGGCAGCCUUUUGCUAUUUUACUGCGUAAAUCUUUCUCUGUGUAAAGAAUUUCAAACCACAUAGUUUUGCACAAGUCAAUAUGGUAGCUAUUACUUGGGGGGGGCGGUAGGAACUUUGAAAAGAAAGAAGAGGCUAUUGAUUUUUUUUAGCACUUACUUAACGAACCUGUCCUCAUACAAAAAAACAAACAGAUUGGGAAUACUUUCUUUUUCUAACCAAGGAGGCACUGACAUUAUACACAAAAUAGCAUCCAAUAUAUUCAGUUAUUCUGCCGUCAUGGUUUACUGUCAUUGAAAUGAUAAACCCGUUGUGGCAGAACCAACCUAGCCACUUUACACUGGAGAAGCCUGGUUGCUCGCCUGCUCCCUUUAGACUAUGGCCCUGCAGUUCAGAGCUGUUAUUUUCCCUGCUGAAAGGUUUAUUCGUGCCUUUCUGCCAGGGUGUUCGGUAGAUUCCACAAACGAUGGACCACCUGGGAGCUGCAGUGUGCCGUCAAUUGACCGCCCAGAAGCUGCGGUUAACCGCAGCUUAAUUGAUGAACGCUGGGUGGCCUUUGUUCGUCUGCCGAACACGUGGCAACGGCCAUUUUACCUCCCGAACGGCCAGCGGUGUUCAGCGCCCAAACUAUGGAACUGAAAACGAACACUUAUUGGCGCGAACACCGCUGAGCCGCCAGCCUCCUUACCUUCCCAUUCGGUAGCAGAACCGAAUGACUGUUCAUUCGGUAGUUUAACAGAUAGCUAAGCCAUGGAGCCUAUUCGUGGAACGAAAGACUAUGGGAAAGACUUUGGCUCCAUGGCGAUUGAACUGUAUGUAUGUGAAUGUGAUCUGAGCGCCAUUCGGUAGUAAAGUGCGCUCAGAUCUAAGCUAUCUGGGGAUAUGUAGAAUGUAUAUGUUUUAUGUAAUAAAUGUGACUGUAUGUAAUUUUAUGUCUUUUACUGUAUUGUUACUGCCAUGUGGUUAAUGGAGUUUUGCCUCUGUCUUUGGAGAGAAUUGGAUUACUUCCCAAUUAUCUCCAGGACAGAGAGGAGGGAUUGUGAUGUAAUUGUGGGAGUGUUUAAAGGUGUAUGUAUGUGAUUGGCUAAGAGCCAAUAUGUUUCCCAUCUGGUCCCCUAGGGGAGUGUCCACCAGGUGGGAGACCUGCAUAAAAGCCAGGCAGGUAGCCCCAGUAAAAGAGAUUCUGCUUGACCCUCAAACCGAAGUGUCGUCUCGUCUUUGGGAGGAUUUACUGAAUGCUGUUGGAGACUGAUUGCCAGGAGUGUAAGCCACUUGGGGGCUUUUCCUGUUCGUCUGCUAACAGCUAUUCGUGUGUCUCCAGUUCGGGAGUUUCGAGUUUUCCCUUGGUUGCAGUUCGGGAGUUGGUGAAUUCAUGGAUUUGCAGUAGCUGUCUGUGCAUCUGAAAAAGGGGAAUAUCGCCUAAACGGUUUUUAACCUCUUAUGGGCAAAACGGUCCGUUACACCCGUGUGUGUGUCUCUGUGUGUAUAUAAAACCCUUACUCAACGGGAGCAAAGUUAUCUUUAAAUACUUUUUGGGUCAACACUCGUUACCUGCAAAGUAUAAGCAGUGUUUGUUCUUCAUGCAGAGGCUAUUAUAUAUGCAGACAUUUAUUUGUAAUAAAAAAUGAGGACCGUUUUGAUUUAACGUAAUAGUGAGUAGUUUCACACAAUGAUACCGAUAACGAUUCCCUGUUUCAGUACAAAUCUAGGUGUACGAUACUUGCUUUUCUGCUAAAUAUUUUGUUUCUUAGGGGUUUCUUUGCUAAAACAUUAAUUGUGACAAUGGAAUUUCAAAUUUUAGAGCAAAAAUACGUUAUUUGGGAAAAUAACUUAGCAGAAAUGAAUUUUGGCCUAAAACGUGCCCUGUCCACCCUUCACUAUCCUUGGUUUAGACCAGGGUUCUCCAAACUCUGGGCUUCCAGAUCUUGCUGAACUACAACACCCAAGAUUAUCUUGCUAUUUCAUUGAAAGACUCAUGGGAGUUGUAGUUCAGUUAAUAUUAACUAAUAGGUAAAUGCAUGCAGCUCAUGUCUCAGCAAUGCCUGUUCUUUUUAUUUAGAGAAACCCCACCACGAAAACCAUCGAAUUCAAAAAGACAGAAGAUGUUGAAGCUAACAGUUUUCACGUGGCUUGGCAGAUCCCCCAAUACAUACUUCUCAGUGCUGGGGAGGUUAUGUUCUCUGUCACAGGGCUGGAGUUCUCAUACUCCCAGGUAACAACCCAUCUCUGCCCUCCAAGGGGCCAUGUUAAGGAAACAGACCAGAAAAAAAUAGUUACAAAUAAUAAUUAUAUAUAUAUAUAUUUUUCUUUCAUUAAUCUUAAAUCAUAGUAUGGCAUAUAUUUUUCACAUAAUAUUAAUAUUAAUGUCUAAAAUUCACAAUUUAGGCAAUAGAUGAUCACCAGGGCAAGCACAUUGCAAGAUCCUGUGCAGGGGAAUCAUGUUAAAUUUAUAUAUUGUUAAUAAUGACUUUAUUAAGAGGCAAUUAAUAAUAGCAGUCAGAUGGCAGAAAAUGCUUUGGUACCACCUCCCCCACGUUUGAAAUUAAUAACUAUAACUCGAACGGAGGCCAGAGCACAGAUGGAGACCUACAGGGGCCAGGGGGGCCACUAUGCAUUUAAGCACAAGCCCCCGGGGUACGCCUUCAGCAUUAAUUCUCAGUCUAGCUGAUUAAAUCUCUGCCGAUCUCCAAAAAUGCUCAGCCCUGUGUAAUCAAGAUGAAUUAUCUGAUUAUUAAUCCUUUGUUGUUACAUAAUUCAAUUUGUUAAAAACCACCCUUUCUGUUCGGAAGGCGCCGCCCAGCAUGAAAUCCGUCCUGCAGGCGGGAUGGCUGUUGACCGUUGCUUUUGGAAACGUUAUUGUGCUCAUUGUCGCUCAGGCGGGAUCUCUGGAGCAGGUAAGUGUUCACCCUAGUAAUUUAUCUGUUUUGGCAAUCGGAGAAACAUUUCCCUUAUAUUUCUGGGAUAUUACAGAAAUACUUGAUACACAAAGUGCAUCUAUUUAUAUAGAGAAUAAAUGUCGUUAUGGCAGCAAUGAAAUGUCCGCCAGGUCUUCUUUGACCAUUACGUGUCAGUAGUUGGACUUGCACUCUGUCGGGUCACUUUGCGAAUGUAGUCAUGGCAUAUCUUGUCUUGCAGUGGGCCGAGUUUAUCCUGUUUGCUGCCCUUCUAAUCGCCGUCAGCAUCAUUUUCUCCAUCAUGGGAUAUUUCUACGUCACUGUAAAUCCAGAUGACCUAAAAGAGGAGGACGAGAGCGCAGGGGAGCUCGAGAAGAAGCCAUUACCAGUUAACUUCUACGAAAUGAACAUCGAAGAGAAGAAAACUAAGAUUUAAAAUUCAUAAACGCGAGAGCGAGAUGUAUAUAUUUCAUCCAGAUUUUCUUCCCUUAAAAAAACUAAAUUCUUUUACAGACAUGUACGGGUUACUUUUAAUGAAUUGCCAAAUUGAAUAAAGAACUCAGCACCUUUUCCACAACCCAACCUUGAAUACUACUGUUCAAGUAGUCCACAGACCGGCAGCGAGCAGAUGGGAAACCCAAUAUGCAGCACUUUAAUUCAAGAGAGAUUUUUGGACGACAUACUCUGACAAUUUCUCAGAACAAAUCUCAUAGUAUUAUAUUAAUACAGAUAUGGACACAAAACAUUACCUCAAAUUUUCUGUAAAUCUUAAUGACAUUAUAAAUAAAAUUAUACAGAUAUCUGUUUCUAUUUCUGA